AUGCCCCAGGGCAGGUGGACCAACCCCAGCGAGCAGCGCGCCGGCGCCUGGUUUGCUCAUGUUGGAGCAUGCCAGAGUCAACCUGAGUCAAGUACAAGCUCUGCACUAAAACAGGUCCAGAACUCAGGAGCAGCUCAGUAUAUUGAGGAUAGAUUGCCGCUAGCGUACAGAGCUCGGGAGCAGAGAGCAGUGAAGAACAAUUUCCCAUUUUCUUCUCAUGACAACAGACACUGUCUACAGAAUGUAGGAGAGUAUUUUGAUUUUGGUAUGGGCCGGAGGAAGGUGGAACCAGAGAGGCGGCAACAGAACUCACAGAACUUCUUCCUAUGGGCUCAUGAAUCAGUUCCUAGCAAUGAGGAUGGCUUAACCAUUUAUCAGACAUCAUUUGUGAAAGAACAAAAUACUGAGAGCCCAUUUUAUAGGCGGUACCCAAAACACCACUCUGAAAAAUGUUGCACUGACAAACCCGUUCCUGAGAGUGAAAAAAGCCUGCAGCCAAACAAGUCAUCUUAAUUAUAAAAACACCUUUGUAGCACUGACUUAUCAUCAUCAGAGCCUUUUCUCGAGAUCUGAACUACUUGUUACUCAAAUGGAUGAUGAAAUAAACAUUUGUGUAAAGUGAA